CCUUGGCCCUGUCAAGCCAUCGGAAUCCAGAGCUCUAAAGUCUGGCAAGGAACGACCAGGGAGCACCGUUGAGGGCAAACGGUGGACGCCGAGGCCUCGGGAACGGCAUGUGAGGCGACGGAGGCGGCCGGGUAGCCGACGGAACGAAAGCGGAGGGAAACAGAGGGAAAGACCUGGCCGAAUCGGCGAACGAUGCGCUCGCGCCCGGACUCGAGCGUCGCGCAUCCCGGUGCUCCAAUUCGUCGGCGGUAACCCGCGUCGACAAGUGAUCGCGGGAUCUUCGAGAGAAAGCAGCUCCGUCGGCAGCAACGAGGCUUCUGCAAUGGCCGGGACGGAGGAUACCACGAUCGCCGAGCUCCGCUCCGAGGUCGAGAGACUUUCCAGGGAGCUCGACCUCGCCUCCACGGAAAAGGUCCAGUCCGCACAAUACGGCCUCGCCUUGCUCGAAGAGCAGUCCGCUCUGCAACAGAGGUGCAACGACCUCGAGGCACUCUACGAGAACACGAAGCACGAGCUCGACAUAACCCAAGAGGCUCUAGCCAAGUUUCAAACGACUACCAAACUGACCACGAAGAGCGGCAUCGAGCAGGAAGAAAGCCUUCUCUGCGAGAGCGCCGCAAGGGAAACCUCCCUCCAAAGCCAGAUUAUUGAGUUGGAGAAUGAAACAAAACAGCUUCGUCAUGAACUCGAGCGAGUGCAAUCCGAAAGGGACCAUGCGUUACAAGACCGUGAAGAAGUUGGGAAGGACCAUUUACAAGCUGAAUCCGAGCGGAAAAGCUUGCGGACGGAGCUACGAGAGUGUAGAUUUCGGGAAACCAGACUACUCCAAGAUUAUUCCGAAUUGGAGGAUGAAAAUAUCUCGCUGCAGAAGCAGGUUUCUGUUCUGCGAUCUAGCCAAGUAGAGUUUGAAGGUGCGAAGCAUGAAAUUCGCAGGUUAACCGAAGAAUUGGAGUUUUUAAACAGUCAGGUAGAGGAAUUAACGAAUUUGAAGAAAAUCGCUGAGAAGCAAAUGGAAGAGGCCUUGGAAUCUUUACAAAUUGAACGCGAGGCAAAAUAUGCCCUCAAGAAAGAACUUGACCAGCGGAUGAAUAGCGAAUCCAUAUAUAAUCUUAGCAAUUUGGCCCUUUCUAUCCGAGGCAUCGCCGAGGAUCAAGCUGCAGGCAGCGAUGGGGAUGAUGAUUCCCCUGCGCUGCGCAGAAUCGAGGCAGAUUUGAAAACUCAAGAGCCGGGUACAUCUGCCUCUGGGAAGCAGGUUGAUUUGUUCUCGGAGAUUCAUUUGAACGAAUUGAAAAAGUUAGAAAAGCAGCUAGAACUCGCAGAAAGUGAAAAGGCUUUGCUCACGCAGAACUUGCGUGAAUCACAGUAUGCGGUAGAGAAGAGUCAGGGAGAGUUACAGUCUUUUGUCGCUAGAAUAGUUCAAUUGGCAGCUCACGUUCAAUCGCUACAUCAACUUCAUUCGAAGUUGCCGGAGAAGCAGACCGAAGAAACAGCAUUGGAUAAGCUCACUCAGGCUGUUAUGCAGUAUCAUCAGUGGAGCACAAUAUCUGCACGUGAGGUGGAUCAGCUGCAGAAAGAUUUGUCAGAAUUGGAAAAGGGUUUAACGGUAUCCGACUCGACCCAGCAGCUUAGAACCGAAUUAACAAAUCUAAGGAACAAGAUGCCGUCUGACCCUACGUCAGAGAAGAAUCUACAGGCAAAGCUCCUGGAUACCGAGCAAAGGGGCAUGGAGCUCGAGUCCGACGUUCUGACCCUGUCAAAGUUGGCGGCGGAUGCCGGCGGUUCCCUCGACUCGGCGCAAAACGACUUGCAGAACAUCACCGACGAGCUAGCUCAACUUUAUCAUCACGUUUGCGCCGUGAACGGCGAGACGCCUACUCGCGUUGUUCUCGACCACGAGAAGAUAGUCCCCGAGAAGGAGAACGAUAACGAUAAGAUCCAGAUGAUCCGUCUCUUCAAGACGGACAUCAAUACGAAGGACCUGGAGAGUCUCAGCAAAGCUAAAGAAAUUAGCAAACACAUUGAGACCGCGCUUGAUCAAAUCAAGCAUCUCAGGAAUGCUGUCGAGCACACCAUUGAGUUAUCAAAGAUAAAAGGUGCGCAAGCCAACAAUCCUUGGGACGCCCCAGUCAACGAGAACAAGGCUGAGCAAGAGACCGAUCUGCAGGAACAGGUGAUCAAGUUGAAGGCCCUCCUCUCCGCUAAGCGAGAACAAAUUACAACAUUGAGGAGCGUUCUGAAAGCAAAUAAAAAUACCGCCGAGGUGGCUCUGAACAACCUCAAGAGCAAAUAUGAGAACGAGAAGCGAAUCGUAAGCGACACCAUGCUGAAGCUGAGGAACGAGCUGAGGAUGCUGAAGGAAAACGCCGCCACGUUCUCGAGUCUACGAGCGAUGUUCGCCGCGAGAUGCGAAGAGUACGUUACGCAAGUGGACGAGCUCCAACGUCAGCUGGCCGCCGUCGAGGAUGACAGGAAGACCUUGAAUCAGCUGCUGAGACUGGCGGUGCAGCAGAAGCUCGGACUGACGAUGAAGUUGGAAGAGCUGGAGGUUGACCGUGAGCUGAGGAGCAGCCGCAGACACACGUCGGGCGGAAAUGGACGCGGCAGACCGCGUUUGCAGCAACACACGAACCGUCCUAACGUGGGCAGAGAUUUCUUCUAGAAGAUGUUAAAGAUGUGGAGCAAGAUAUUUUGAGAGAAGUGGACACUUUGAGCACGGAAAGGACUCGACGGGGUCCAUGGUAGUAUCGAGUAACGAAUCCUUUCCGUGCUCCAGCGUCGCAGGACGGCCACGUAUCGUUAUCGCGGGUAUUAGAUUCGAGGAAUUUCUUAAGUUUCUUCUUUAACCACGCUAGACGACUUUAUAUACGUCUCGUUGCAAUUUGGAGAAAACACGAGUCUUCUCAUUGAACGUAGCGUCAGAUUUGUGCCGCCUCUUGAUACCAAGGGUGUACGGAAUAUUCCCCUUGACGUGCUUUUCUUGGUAAACAUUUUGACUUGGCAAUAUUCCUGACGGUUUUGCAGUCUCGGUGUCAAUCGGCUGCCAAAUAACGAUUUUACCGAAAUCGUGACGUUAUCGGUCUCAAUGAGGUAACGUACUGCACAAUUUUCUCAGAAUUUCAACGAGAUUGGAAUUUUAAUGCGUACGUUUAGUAGAGAAUUCGGACAAUUCGAGGUAAGAGUGAAAUUUACGUCCAUGGUGGUCUUCAAUAUAUUACGCGGUACGUCCUAAAGCGGAAUGCUCUUCCAGGACAAUCGAUGCCUUUAAAGUAAUCGUUUCUCCGGCAUAACUUCGCUCCAUGUCACUGCUUAUGUACACGUAGGUAUUUUGGCGUAAUAUCUGCCCUUCAACUGUUGAGAACAGUUUAGAUUACAGGAACUUGGUUCACGCCCGAUGUCCAUAGAUGGUCUCGGAGCAGACACCGCGAUUUACUCAUGGAAUUGGUAGGACGUUUUAAUUUUGACGUACAAUUCGUGCAGGAUCGACUUUAGGAUGCACGACGGAACUCCCUGUCGUCUCAUGCUUUAACUUAUUUAAUUAUGUUGUCCAACAUAAUCUCGUUUUACGGUGUAUGUGAAUGUGUGAAUAUUAUAGCAGGAUGCGAUUUUUCAAAAAGUGUCGGGUCACCCUUUUAUUUUAUUUUUAUUCUUUUGUCAAAGCGGUAGAACGUAGAGGACCACUAGAGCUGCGUUCGCUGCAUGACGCGAAGUCAAUACUUUCGGUAUCGAAAAAAUAUAAUUUCUCUCCCAUGAAACGACGUUUUCAGGGCACGCUUUUGGAAAAGCCAUCCUUCCUUUAGUCCUUACGUUCGGACCAGUUUCGAAUGUUCGGAAACAAGAGUCAAUUCGCCCGUUCAUUAAGUGUCGGACGCAGAGAUGUAUCUACGUAGUGUCGACAUUGGUAUCCUUUGAUACCGCAGUUAUUCCGGUUAUCUCACGCAGGAUAAAAAACGCGUCUCGCAAGUAGGCAGAUCGCAAAGAUUAAUCGACGAUCUUGUAUUACCGCAUACAUACGAUAGGGACAAUAUAGAAUUGAAAACAGAGAGAGAGAGAAAGCACGAGCGCAUUAGCAUUUAUAAUCGACGUAGAUGAAAGAAAAAGACGAGGCGACGUCUAGGACGCGUCGAAGUAGAGGAAAGAAAUGACGUUUUCUAGAUUUAAUCGUCCCUCGCGGCUUUACCCCCUGUUUUUUUUUUUUUUUAUUAUUUCUGAGGGGAGGCCAGAUCAAGGUAGAAAACGAAUUAGUGAAACGUCCGCCCGUCCUGUGACUCUCCGUUCGAAAUCACUCCUCUCCCGUCUGGAUGCUCGCGAAACUUCUUUUAUUUCUCUUAAAGAUAUAUUUAGCGACGUAGACUAUACAUCUGUCGCGAAACCUAUUCAAGCGAUUUUAUUUAUAAAUCAUUUCGCGUUCUGUCCCGACCCAGAGACAAAAAAAUAUUUAGGAUGAAAUUACCCGACGACGCGUUUUCGAGACUCAUCGGGGUAUCUUUGAUUUUUAUCUCAGCGAUGUGGCCUAAUCGUCUUUGGCAGCUUCGUUUCUACUUUCCUGUCGUCCAUUGUCUGUUUUAAAUUUGAGACCAUUACUGCAGCUGUUGCUCUGUUUUUAUUUUACUAUAUAUUACCGUUCCAUUUUAAUAUUGCUAUUAUUAUUGCGUUAUCGAUGUAGUAUUAACGUAGGCGUAGCCGUUUAUUAAUUAAUGUUUCUUGAAUUGUAUAUAUCAAUGAAUUUCGCUGACGGUGCUCGUGCAGUUCUACCUGUGCUUGGGAUAUGUGUUAUCGGUCUUUCGGGGAGUAUCCAAUUGUUGGAUAAUUUCUCACCGAUUACGACUAUUGGUGGCGGGAACCGCGGGUGAAAACCGUUCGUGUAUGUACUUCUCUUUUUUUUUUCCUCCCUUUUGUUAUAUUUAUUAACUUAUUUCGGGGAUAGGUGUAUGCUUUUGCAUUCUUUAUAUUAACACGGGAUCGCUCUUUUGGCAGUAUUUUAUUCUUUCUAAGGUCGGUAGAACUGCGGGGCCACCUUGUUGGGGCAAUUUUUAGAGGAAAUUUGUAACUGCGCUUUAUUAUUAACUACCUUCUGGGGCGUUUUCUCGAUCAAGCCCCCGAGGAAGUUUGAUUUAAAAAACGAUCUGGGGUAACGUGGGAAAUAUUUAACUCAUUCGUAUGGCUUUUUACGCUGAUUUCACGCGUAACGUUUAUCAUGGGUUCCGCGUCACUCGUGACGUUCGCUUCGGUUUGAUCUAGCAAAAGGAGACCUUGACGUCAUGGGAUUCGAUUUAUUUCGGCUUCGUAAGAGUAUCCUUCGUGCUCGCGACCGUCUAGCGCACUUCUACCGGUGUCCAUUAGUCGUUACGCUAAUUUUAAUCCGGGACUUUUGUAACAACGUUGCCCACUUAGUCGUCGUUACGUCCGUAUACGGCAGUCGCCAUUGACUUAGGAGCUAGGGCGAGCACCUCGACGGAACCGAAUCGUCGAUCGUUUGCCGAUUACAAUCGAGUGAUCAGUUGUCGCUUUUAUACUCGUAACACCGUAUAUUGUAAUACAUUUGUCACCGUGAAGCCGCCCCCACGUCGCCUUAAUCGUGGCUCGUCUCUCUCGAGGGGUCCUUCGGCGACCCUGCUCGAUCCUUUUUCCACGGCGCGACGAUAGGAGACACCGCGACUCGAUAUUAAAUUAAAUCAGGCCGAUAUUAGCGGCUAACUCUUAUACAUUAACACGAAGAAUCUCUUUAGGAAGGGUUUGAUCACACGAAGAUGCAAGACCCUCGGUCCUGCGUGCUCGUGGAUAGGAUAAUCGGUCUCCUUGUAAUCGCGGUUAUACGAUGUACCGUCACUCGUCGCGUUUACUUUGCCGAGCCUUCUCGGCGGUCCACCGUCCUUGCCGGACCUCCGGUUACCUCGAAGACGUCCACCCGUGGCGCAUCUUCUCGUCGAGGGGCUCUCCACGAUUUUCUUGGCGACCUGGGCACGGCUGGAAUCCACUUUGUGUCCAUAAACCGAGCCAGCCUCAGGCUACCGUCCCUUCCCUUCCUCUCGCGUCACCGUGGGAGCUGGCCAGGGAACCGUCCUUUACUUUUUCCUCUCGUUUUCCGUUUCGAAUCUUGCGUCGAAAGGGGCAAGCCGUACUCCCCUCGACUCUUUGUAUUGCCGUCCGCGCACCUAGUGGCGACCUGGGCCUUCGUCGGGUUCGUUUUCCCCGAUCUUUCACCGAGCAAAGAGGGGGGAACGCGAACCCGAUCGCUCUUGCCAAAGCCACUUGAUCACCGAUCUGUCCUUUUAAACGGAGACGCUUUACGUCCUUCGGGGGGAAAAAAAAAAAAAAGUUCCUUCAUAAAGCACUUGCGAGCCAUUCCGAGGGAGCCUUCCGAGGGUGAGGGAACUUGGACGUGGCGGGUAAAAAUAAAACGAAGAAAUGCGUGUCGAGGUCGGUCAGCCUUCGGGGAGGAUGCCAUGUUGGGCUCUUCUGGGUGGGAGUUCGUUGUCGUUUGUAUAUCGGUUAUUAUUUUUAUUUAUUUCUUAAUCUUUCGUAGCACUCGUUACAUCCCUGUUACUAGGGAACUUGAACGCGUCGUUGUCCAUUGCACAUUAUUUAUCUUUGACGUUCAUACCGUUUUAUGAAGGCUUAUUCAAGAAUGACUUGACCAAGUCCUUUUCGCGUUGCACAGAUUAUGCGCCAGGGAAUUGAAUCCAGGGGAAUUUAGGGGUACCAGUGGUAUUGUUAGCUCUUCCAGUCCUGAUUUAUAUACGAUCUGUCCAAAUGUUCAUUCCUAGGAACGUUCCGAUAAUUAUUUAAGCGGGAAGUAAGGGCAGGGUAACGAGCGAAGGAGCGAUAAAUGGCGAUACGUGAGAUUAACCCUUCUUCGACUUUGCGGAGGGGCUGCGCUCGAUCAGGGUUAAUUAAGACAUUGAUUUGCUCAAGGCUUCUAUAAAAAGCUCCAAUUGCGUCCCCCCUGACCAGUGCUCUCACGGUGACGCGAAACGGCUUAGAAGUUAAUGAUAAUAGGAACAAAUAAUUAUUGAAUAAGUAGCUCUAUACAUAUAUUAUAUAUAUAUACAAUUAUUAAUUAUGAAAGAAUUAUAUAUAAAUGAAUAUAUUAUAUACAUUUAUCCCGUUGCGAUUAAUUAUCUCUUGUUACUUAAACGUAACGGGACUGUCGAGUGGAUUAUUGGGGGAAAAUUUCGAGUGUAACGAGUAAGAGUAGGUUCGAGGAACGUCGAGGUCGUGCGGAGGCUUAAGGUCCGGGUCAUCGUGUCCAUAAUUGAUAUACCCAGGUGAUUAAUUGCCGACUCGAUUGUUUAACGUCAACGGUCGAUCCUUUUCGUUGGCACUGCGAGCGACCUGCGUCCAGCCAAAUACGAAAGUUCUUUUUAAAGCGUAAAACUUCGCGGUUUACGUUUACACCUGUAUCACACACCGAGGCCGUUUCUUUUGUCGAUCCCGUUCUCUUGACAUAUCUGUAAAAAAUGAAAGGAGGAUACUGAGCGCGUCGUCUCCUUAGGUGGAAGUCUGCAAUGAGCGUUCUUCGGUCGGAUCGAAAAUUAGGGGCGAAUUUAAUCCACCGUGGGCGAAUUUGAGAAUUGUAAGGAGGACGGUCAUUGCGGACUCGCGUUGACAAAAGAAAAUAAGAGGUAUACCUUGGCGUGAAUCUGACGGAUUGUACAUAAUGUAAAUGCACGUUAGCGUUGGGUCUUCGACCCCGUACUUUGUGUACGACGGGUCCGGACAAUUAGCCGACAAUUUGUAUCACAGGCCGUAUUUUCUCCGUAGCGGUUCGUCACGUAGGGGUUCCGAUGAAAAACCGAUUUUUAGAGGUACUCUCAUUUUUCAAGAUUAACCGUAUUUAAGAGCCACUCCGCGGAGGCGCAAUCGGUGGUUGUCUGUAACGACGUGGAGGGGUUACGUGCAUGUACGACGGACAUUAAAUAACUGAAUCGAUGACUGCCUGCCGGAACUUCGUUUUGUAACAUAAAUUCAAAUAUAACCAUUUGUAACCAAA